UAGUCGCCGUCGAAAGCUAGGAGUGGGUCAAGAUGCCCAAGCAGAUGCUCGAGAUCAAGGAGUUCCUCAUCACCGCCAGGCGCAAGGACGCCAAGAGCGUGAAGAUCAAGAAGGUUGGCACCAAGACCAAGUUCAAGGUUCGCUGCUCCAAGUACCUCUACACCCUGGUGGUUGACGACGUCAACAAGGCGAACAAGCUCAAGCAGUCCCUGCCCCCCGCCCUCGCCCAGGAGAACAUCUAAACGUCUUUCGACGUCGGCGAUGUUCUCUCGGGUUUUGGUGCACGGGUCGUGCGGUGUUGGGAGCCGGGCCGGAGGGCGGGGCGUGAUGACGCGCGGGGUGACGAGGUUCGGAUGCGUCGCGACACAGCUGGCGACCGACGGGGUUAGACCCCUCGGUUCGUCGCCGGUCGCGGUUCGAACCGGGACGCGGGUUCCGCUCCUUCGGACGUUCUCUUGGAGGGUGUUUGCGUUGUAAUCUAACCACGAUUGCCACGAU